GGAGCGUGUACUUGCCCUGCCAGAUGUCCAGCACGGCAGGGGGAGACUUCCGUAGACGGUACCGUCGGGGUAGAGGUUUCUGUUAAUUUUCUGUCCCAUUAAAUCUGGAGCGUUUUGUAAUCGCGGUGCAUUCUAUUCCUUUAAACCGUUUUAAAAGAACAAGAAUUACUGUGCAUCUUUUCGCUGACCCCAAAGGUACUUCCCGUCGUACUGUGUAAUGCGUUCGGUUGGGAGGCACUGUGGUGUUCUUCCUGGCCGGUCAGUGUUCAGAUACUGCCUAUUGCCAGCUAAGUGGAUUUUUGUGCCAGUUGGUAAUCUGUAGCCAUUCCAGGAUUUGGUUAAUCCGAGCAGGUACAGUUUCGGGAAACAGUUUUAUCUCCUUUAUUGACUGAAAAUCUGGGUACCAGAUAUGCUACUGUGAUCCCAGACUGUUGUUUGUAGCCUAAAUGCUUAAAAAUAAAUCAAGAGAUAUCUGAAAGUUCAUGAGUCUAGGUUGAAUAGAAUAAAUGACAGUAGAUUGCAGAAUUUUAUUGUGUUGUAUGCAGUAGGGAAUUAAAUGAGAUGUUAAAGCAAUGGUAAUGACUUGAAUUAACCUUACGUAAGUAUCUGUACAACAGUUUGUAAUGAAGCAUCUCUGUAACCAGUGCUUUUGACGCGGGUUCAUUUAAUUUAUAAUAAUGAGUAAUGAUCCUUUCGCAGAACCAGUUUCCAAAAAAAAAGUCAAGCGAGAAGGCUUAAGCAAAGAUCAGUCAUGGUAUAAUUCUCUCUUUAAAUUUUUGUGUGACUUCUAAAGUUUCAUAGUAAUAAAUGAAGAUGGCUUAGAUGAAUGUAUGAUUUAUGUUACUUGACCUAAGUCAGCUUGUGGAAGGGUUCAGUAGUUUACACUCUUGCUGACUUAGUGGAAGUCUCCUCAAUGGAAAUACAAUUUUACUUGAGGAGGCUGAGAGUAAAAUCUGUUUGCCUGUCAUUUUAAGGUCAAGUUGGGAAUGAGGCUAGAGUAGUAAUUGCUCAUAACGGUACUGCCUUGACUGGAACAUAAGAAGCAUGUAAUUAAUUCUUACCUUUAGUUGACUAAGCUCUUUGUAGCACUUUCUUUUUCUCCUGUAGUUACUGCAUGACAGGCAAUGAUAUUGACUUAAACUCUCCCUCUUGGCCAGGAAAGGAGAGUACAGUCCCUAAUUUAAUAGUAGGAGGAUGAUAAAUUCUGUGUAACUGCAUAUUUUAUUUAUAACUGUAUCUGCAGAAGAUAGGUAUUGUCUGUACCUGUAAUUUGCAGGCUGAUAGGCUGACGCUGGCUGUCCUGACUGUAUGGCACUGUCCUGUACACAUGUGAGCACUUGCAUUGUGAACUGAGCUAAAGAAUGUACAUGGGACAGGGGAAGGAUUUAUUGCUCAGCCCUACGAAUGGUUGUUGUCAGUAUUUAAACUGCAUUCUAGAUUGUCUAGUUGCAUGGAUACAGUGUGGUUUUUUAAUCUUGAGAAAAAAGAAUAGUUGCAUGUCCUUUGGACUGGUGCAUCAUAUUAAGAAGUCUUAUGAAGUGCUUAUGAGUUCAUUGUUCAUCUGAGUAAGUCUAUUCCUUUCUUUUUUGCUUCAGUUAAUUCCUUAUCUUAAUACUUCUGUUCCUUGCUUGCCUACAGGUUUGUUUUGACUGCUCGUACUUCCUGCAGGAAAAUACUUGCUUCAGGUGAGAAAUGGUGGCUUGGAACUCUUGGUUUGUCCUUGCUGUCCAAAUACCAAUAGCUGCAUGGUCUGUAGGUUUCUAAAGACCUUUUGGAGCUACUGGCAUUCCAGUGUUUUUGUGACUGCAAGCACCAGCCUUAAAUGAUCAUGCAUGCAUGGGUGUAUACUGUGUCUAUGGUGACUUGCUGCAGAUAAUAAUGCAUACUGGAAUAUAAACAUACCUUUCAGAGACAUGUUAGUUUGUUGACAGGCCUGUGUGUGUUUUUACUGGGCUUGAGAACUUUCAACCAUCCUUAUUUAAGUGUAGCCAACUAUGGUCUGCCAUAUUUUUUUCAUAAAUCUGCCUGUAACGGAGUUCUUAAAAUUGGUUAAAAGGAAAUUGAUUAAAAAAGAAAACUGUCUCCAUUCAGCUUGAUAGCCUGUAUUAAUAGAAAGAGAGGAAGCAGUAUUGCUUAUUGUGCAGGGUUUUUUUUUGUUUUGUGGGUUCGAUUGUUGUUUUUUGUUUGAGUUUGGUUUUGUUUGGCUGUUUGUUUUGGAUUUUUUAAUAUGAAGCUAGCACCAGAGAGCUUUCCUGAUCUUGUUGCUGAUGUUCAAAUAAUUUUUUCAGAAUUGACUUACUUUUCUGCUGUUUAAAAUCAGCACUUCUUUCCCUAGGAAUUGGAGAAUAUCCUCUUAUUCCACAGAGUCAUUGAGUAAGGAAACUAUCUUCAACACCUUUGUGCUCCAGAUGUAAAGCUGAGCAUCCUUAGCCUAGACCUGUGCAUCAGUGAUGCAAAGACAGUGCCAUUGGUAGGGUUUGAGUUAGAAUUUUAGUUAGUCUUAAAAGCAUGUGAUGGCAUAGCAGGUGUUGUGAGUACACCGGGCUGGAAUUACUUCUUCUCUAUACUGUAGUUUGCUAAUGACUUUUUUUGCUCCAUGAUCCUGUGUAUUUGUAUCAGUCAUUUACCUAACUGCAGCUGUCUUCUAUUGCUGUUACCAAGCUUGCAGAAAUAGGCAUUUAUGGUUUUUUGUGUGUUUUUCCUUCUGUCCUUUCAUCUUUAAGCUGGGAGAACAGUCUGCAAGCAGCCUUGGAUUGCACCCCUUUCUUUUCUCUUUAAAAAAAUAAAAUAGUUGAGUCGCAUCCUUCUUACAGGGUGACAUAUGCACAGAUGACAUGUCUACUUAAUGAAUUAUCUUAAAUAAAGACAUAAUUUUUCCUCAGUACUUAUGGCAGUAUAACCUGGAAGAUUUUCCUUUAUUUGGAUGUCUUGAAAAUAUCCUCUUUAUCAGCAAGUAGGGUAGAUUUGGUUCUGUCAAGGCAGAAAGCAAUGGAGUAAUGAAACAGAAUGCUAGGAGUCAGAACACUCUAUACUGACUGGGUGGAAAGAGUGAACUUGCGGGAUUUUCAGUAGCCAGUGUGCAGGUGCUACGAAUUACUCGUGAAAAAUGUUUCUCAGACUUUUCUUCUAAUGGAUAUUUUUACAGGUAGAUUUCUUCUAGGAGUCAAAAGUCCCAAGUCCAGUUACUGCUGCAGUUGUACAGCACUGUUUGGAAUGUUCGCAGCAACAUAAACAAGUUUCUUGGUGUGUGGUUUCAGCACAGCAUGGCUGUGGUCAUCCACUUGCAAGGUGUUCCAAUUGCAGUGGGGACCAUGGACUUCUCUGGAUUGACCAUUCCCGAUGGGGGCGUGCAUAUUGUAGGGGGUGAACUGGGGGAAUAAAAUCAGCAGUGUUGAUAUUACAAAAUGACAAAACAUCCUCCGAAUAGAAGAGGGAUCAACUUUGAGGUGGGAGCCCAGUUGGAAGCCCGUGACAGAUUAAAAAACUGGUAUCCAGCCCACAUUGAAGAAAUUGAUUAUGAAGAGGGGAAAGUACUUAUCCAUUUCAAGCGCUGGAACCAUAGAUAUGAUGAAUGGUUUUGUUGGGACAGUCCUUAUUUGCGUCCCCUAGAGAAAAUACAGUUAAGAAAAGAAGGAUUGCAUGAGGAAGAAGCUUGUGCAGGAUUUCAUAUCAAUGAUCAGGUAUUGGCAUGCUGGUCUGACUGUCGCUUCUAUCCAGCCAAAGUUACUUCUGUUAACAAAGAUGGUACCUACACUGUGAAAUUUUAUGAUGGUGUAGUUCAGACAGUCAAAAACAUUCAUGUCAAAGCUUUUUCCAAAGGUCAGAAUACUGUGGGUGAUGCUAAGCCUAAGGAAAGAGGUAAUGAAAUUCCGUCAUCUCCUGAAAACCAGGAGAAAUUUAAAGAGCAGAGGAAGGCAACAGGUAGUGCAAAGAAAGACGAAGAUGAAAAGACAUUAAAGACUGAGAAACGAGUUAAACAGCCCGAUAAAGAGGGAAAAUUUAUAGUCAUCUCAGAAAAAGGCAAGAUCUCAGAAAAGAAUAUAUCUAAGAAUGGAAAAGAAGAUAAAGAGAAUAUAUCAGAGAAUGAUAUGGAAUAUUCAGUAGAUACACAAAUUGACAAGAAGCCUGAGAAUGACAAGGUAAAGAGUCCACAGGAAAAUGUGAAGGAAACUAAGCGAAAGCGUGGCAGACCACCGGUAACACCUCCCACAGAGCCAAGUUCUCAGACACUGCAGCCCAUAACUUUGGAGUUAAGAUGUCGGAAAAUACCUAAAGGAGGUGAUGUUCCAUUGAAGCGUCCCAGGAUUGAAAAAAACUUGUCUCAGGAAAAAUCUAAGAACUCUUCAGAUAAUGCUGAGAGAGACCAGAUCAGGAGGCGAUCUUCAAGACUCUCAUCCAGUAUUAGCCAUGAGAUUUUAAAUACAGAUCUUGUCACAACUUCCACGGAAAUUCAAACUUGGAAAGAUGCAGUAUCUAUCCAAAAUGAAUCUGAGAAGACCCAGUUAGAAAUUCCUGUUGAAUCUGACCAAAGUUUUGGUGAGCAAGGAUCACCUGGGAAUACAUCGCAUAGCACAGCACUCAGCACAGACACCAGUUUGCAGGAAGAAAAAGCUGAAGACACUGAGUCUUCCUCCGUUCCUGUCAGAACUCAAGAACCUUCUGCUGCUACAGUAACAAAACCUUGUAGGAGAACAGAUUUUCUUGCAUCAAAAAAAGCUGCAACUGUUGACCAAGAUCACAAGUUUAGAUGCAAGUUCUUGGACUGUUCAAAAUCCUUCCGCAAAGCCAAGUUAUUGCAUUAUCACAUGAAAUACUUUCAUGGAGUGGAGAAGGCUGCAGAAUCACAGCAGAACCCUGUAAAAAGAAAUAUCCAAACCAGAGCUUCUUUGGCUUCUGAAAAAGCUAAUCAAGAAAGGUCAAAAAGAGGACGGACCACAGCUGGUUCACUGUAUGCUCCUCCACACAUAGCCCUCAGGAGUACCCCAUAUAGAGAUGAAAAAGUAGAAAGGAGAAGAACUUCAACUCCUGUAAGUGUGUUAAAUAGUCACCGACAUUCUAUUAGAGACCAAGCCAGGAACCACAUAGCAAGAGCGCUGCGGAGGCCUCGGGAAAGAGUUCAACAUGCUGUUAAAGGUCAUGAGAAGAAAGAAAAAAAAUCCAAAGACUAUGGAAGAUCCAAGUCAAAGAAAAAGAAAAAAAAGAAAAAGCGGUCUAAGCCUGGAUAUUCAGGCAUUAGGGCGAACACAGAUAUCUCACAAGAGCUUUCAUCAGAAAAAACAGUUGUCACAAAAUGUAAUUCUUCAAAUAAAUCAUCUGCUCACCCAAGUACACUGCUGCACUGCACUGAUUCUGGACAGCACAAGGGAAAAUCAAAAGCAAAUGAGGAUGACACCCUGAGUGAGUCAUCUAUGGAUAGCUUGCCUUGGAGUGAUGAUGACUGCAGUCAGGAUGUUGAUGUAACCACCAACCCUGAUGAAGAAGUUGAAGAAAGUGAUUUUGAGAUUGUUCGGUGUGUUUGUGAAGUAAAAGAAGAAAAUGACUUCAUGAUUCAGUGUGAAGAGUGUCUGUGCUGGCAGCAUGGAGUCUGUAUGGGCUUAUUGGAAGAUAAUAUACCUGAGAAAUAUACCUGCUAUAUUUGCCAAGAUCCUCCAGGUCAGAGGUCCAGCUUAAAGUACUGGUAUGAAAAGGAGUGGUUAAGUAAUGGCCACAUGCAUGGCUUAGCAUUUUUGGAAGAAAAUUAUUCCCACCAGAAUGCCAAGAAGAUAGUGGCCACUCACCAGCUGCUUGGUGAUGUACAGCGAGUGAUCGAAGUCCUGCACGGGCUGCAGCUGAAGAUGAGCAUAUUACAAAAUAAAGAACAUCCUGACUUAAAGCUUUGGUGUCAUCCGUGGAAGCACAUCACAGUGGACGAAAAAAUCCAUACGAAACAUAUCAUUCACUUUGAGGAAAACUGUUGCAAAGAGGAGACAGCAAGUUACAGAACUUGGAAUGGGACAGUUGAGAAACCCUCAACAAUUCCUUCUGUGGAGGAAUCUUACAUUACAAGUGAACACUGUUACCAGAAACCUCGGGCCUACUACCCUGCCAUAGAGCAGAGGCUGGUUGUGGAAACAAGAGGUUCAGCCAUGGAUGAUGGAGUAAACAGAAUAAGGGAAAAUGGGGAUGAUACCCUCUCAGAGAGGUUUAGCUGGAAUCUGGACCAAGAAAUAUGCAAGAUGGAAAAUGAAUCCAAACACAAUUACUCCAAGGUGAGAGAGUCUGUCUCUAAGAAAGUCUCUCCAGAGGAAGCUAUUGAAAUGAAAUUGCUGGAAAAAGACAAAGAAGGAGUUGUGAACUCGCAGCUGCAGUGGCAGCUCAAUCUUUUAGCUCACGUGGAAUCUCUGCAAGAUGAAGUCAUACAUAGAAUGGAUUUCAUUGAGAAGGAGCUAGAUGUUCUGGAGAGUUGGCUGGAUUACACAGGAGAGCUGCAACCCCCAGAACCACUGGCUCGACUCCCCCAGCUCAAACACUGCAUAAAGCAGCUGAUAACAGACUUGGGCAAGGUGCAGCAGAUUGCUCUGUGCUGCUCCACGUGAGGCUGGACCCCCUGGCCGUGAGUGCCUGCAAAGCUGGAGUGUCUGAUGGGAGCAGCUCUGAAUCUGUAAAAGAAACGCAUGCUGGUUGCAUGGGAUGCAAAUUGACUUCAGAGACUUGUGAAGAAAUGUUGUUCAAAGAGCAAAAAGGUUAUUUCAGGUCUAUUAGAUGAUUAUAAUGCUGUGGAAAAGGUCAUACUCUUGUCUCCAGAGGUUGCCUGUGGGUUGAUAAGUUACACUCAAAUUUUCACUCCUUACAAGUUGCUCAUCAAAACAGUAGACUUUUUCAUCGUUAAAUUGACUAAAAAUUGUGCCAUUGAAGAACAGAGUUCUAAGAGCCAAAAAAAGUUUGGUUGACAGGGGUUGUAAAUAACUUUGCAUAGUUUAAGUGACUCAUGUCAUGUUUUAUUUCUUCUGGUUUAUGCAUACUAGCACUCAGUAUUUAAUCAUUAGGAGAUGUUAUAACAGUUUCAGACUUAGUAAGUAUGAAUGUCCAGCUCUUGACUAUAAAAGUGUUAUGUGGCGGAUUUCAAGUAACAGUGGCCUGACCUACACUUCUGUUACAGUAAAUAAUGUUGCAGGAGGUUACAGGUGGAUUGCACUUAUUUUCAGAAUAAAUGAUUGUUUUCCAUAUUUAUCGUGUCACUGUCACAUGACUUGGUACUGAGGAAGCCCAUGAACGUGGUGUUUGUGUGCAUUCUUGAGCUCUUCCAUCCGGCCCUCCUGUGCCUCCUGCAGCAGUUGCUGUGGGAUCCCUCGUUGCAGGAGUAUGGAAGAGGACUGGGAAAGGACUGGAGCCAUGCUCUGAGUUCAGGCUGCAGCGUGGUCUGUCAUGGACGCGAUGUAUUUUCUACCAUUUGUUAAUAAUUGCCAUUCCGGUUAUAUUUGGAAAUGUAGAUUUUUUUUUUUUUUCCAAUACUAUGGAUGUGUUCACUGUAAAGACUUGCUAUGAAUGUGUGGUUUUGGGAAUCAGUUUUUGUGUAAAUAAAGCCUCAAGAUUUAUGCAUGAGGUGCUGUCCUUGCAGACAGUGAGUGGGUUAUUAUCUUAAAUGGUCUGUGUUCACGAAGUCCCUUUUCAUACCUUAAGUUUUAAUUUUUGGUUUGUAUUUACUUUGUCACUGUAAGGUAACAAGGCUGCUGAUGUUCAGUCAUGUUAUACAGAACCUUUGGAACGUUGUGAGCGUCUGAGAGGUUCUUUCAGCUGCAGAUUACCACUCCUGCAACUUUAGUUUUCCUUCAUAGACAUUGCUGAGUUCAGUUCCCUGUGGAACAUAGUGAGCUGGUUUUGCAGUGAGAGGGUGUCCUUAAAAAGCUGGAUUUGUUACCCUUAUUUUAUUGUGUGCAGUAGUACUACCAAAGGGUAACAUUCAAAUAGAGUUUUAAUGGAAAAGCCCACACCUGUUCAAAUUAUUAAUUUGGAAUAUAUAUCUGUAAUGUGUUUAUUCUGCAAAGAAUAAUGAAAACUUGAAAUAUCCAAUAUUAUUGUAGGAGUUACACUUUCUACCUGGUGAAUAUUUUAUUUCCUUCAGAAAACAAAAGAAUUAGGCUGCUCUAGGUAGUAACUAAGACUUUUAUGCCAAGAUUCAGUUCAGGGAAUAAUUUGUCUCACAGGUUUAUAGUACUAAGUUGGUAUACAAUGAAUAUAGUGCACAUACAGCAGAAAAACAAACCUGCUUUUCUGUAAUACGGUUGGAAGAAAGCUUACAUGCAUUUUAAGGAUCACUUGGCUCUCUAAAGCCAGUGCUCAUACCUUGGCUUAUUCCUGUCAGGUACCUGAGCUUGUGUAGCUCUAGAGGAGGAGGUGGUGACCAGACAGCCAGAACAGCCAUCAGAGGAGCCUCCCAGGCAGCUGGUGAUGUUCAGGUGCAAUGGACCAGAAAAGGUGUUCCCUGGUUACAGCUGUAAAGCAGGAUACACUUGGUUGUGCUCCCAUUUGAGGGCAGUCAGGCACUCAGUUCCUGAGCAGGCUUCUUGCUCCAAAGGGGGGUUUCUUCUCAAGCAAUGGCUUUUUGUGUGUUCGUUGUGUGUUUUCACUUGUCAGUUUAUUUUUGCUCAGGGCAGUACUGGAGGUCUGGAAGAAAAGGCAGUUCCCAUGGGUAGAUCAAGUUGCAGAUCCUGGAGACUUGCAUCCCUUCAGUAGUGCUGGGGAAGCCCUUGCAGAUAAAGACUGAAAAUAUUUAUUUAAAAUAGAGUAGUACUUCUCGCAUUCAGGGAAGAUUCUUCAUUGUGCUCUGCCUGGAUUCAUUUCUGUCCCUUUUUUGCAAGUUUCCUCAUUGUUAUUUUUAGUCUGGACUAACUGUUCAGACUGACAGGUCACUUUUUUGUUUCUUUAAAUCACUGGUAAGUGAAUGCAAAGUGGAGCCUUGGUGAACUGAGCAAACAUUGCACUGUGGGUACACACGUGUUUGUUGAUGCACUAUUAGAACCAAGGGUCUGUACAUAGAAUUUUGUUUUGGAGCAAUAUUUGCAAAACUUGAAAACUGUAUCUUGGUGUUUGGAAUAAAUAAAAAAUAGGUUUUUGUUGGUUAAGUCUUAGUAAAGUCUUUGUUUCAAUUAAUGAUAACUCAAUAAAAUAAUUCUGGAAGCUUUUCCUUCACAUUGUUGUGAAAUGCAAAUGCUGUAGUUUGUCAGGUAUUUAUAUAUAUAUAUAUAUCUUAACUGUUGCUAAAGUCUGGAAAUUACUGUUUUCCAGAUUUAUGUUAUGUAAAUACCCUUAGUAGUAUGUUGGAUAUUGUUUAAUGAGGAGCUCAUACAUUUUGUUCCCAAAUCCUAAUAUAUAUAAUAUAUUAGUA